GAUAAUCAAAUACCAAAACGUCUGUACGCAGUAAUUUCCCCAGGGGGGAAGGUAUGCCGUGCUCCCUUUUCAAUGGAGAAGUACAUAUUCUUUAGCUCCCAGCCUAAGCCGAACCUCAUCAGCAAAAGCCUUCUUGCUAUAUUAAGGGGCAGCGACCGCAAAAACCAACACAUCAAUUUGGUUUUGUAAGGGCCGAUUGAUAUCUCAAAAUCCGUUGACUCUCUUUGUCUCGGAGAAGAUGACUCAAUUCUUAUUUGGCCUUGUAUUCAUGGAGAUGGCUUUGACAGUCGUCCUCCUCUUUGGAAGUCCUCUGAGGACGUUGUUGAUGCUGGGGCUAGACCGGUUGAAGCGGGGACAAGGGCAGCUCAUCGCCGGGACUGUUGCAACGACCAUGGUGGUCGUGUUCAGUGCGACGGUCUACAACCUCCUGGGCGUUCAGAGACGCCUGACCGACGCGACCAUGAUUAGUCCGACUGACCAAAUUCUCUUAGCGAAUAGCCUUCUAGAAGCAUCUCUCAUGGGCUUCUCUCUAUUCCUCGGCAUACUGAUAGACAGGUUGCAUUAUUACGCGUCGGAGCUCUACCGUUUGAGGAACCAUCUCGAAGAAACCAAGAGCAAGCAAAGAGAUUAUUUGGAGAUGCAGGGCAUUGGAUCAUCGAAGACUCCACAUCAGUCGACGAAAGAGCCAACUCUGAAGAAGACUUAGUACGUAAUUUGGGUGAAGAGAGACCGUGUAUUAAUUAAUCGUAUCUCGGCGCACUGUAUAUUCAUUAACGACGCGUCUAAAUCCGAAGAGGAUUAUCGCUCCAAUGGGCCUCCGAAGACCCAAGUUUACCAUCGUUUCAAUUGUA